UGUCCGUCCCUCCGUAGCGAGAAACCCUCUGUUCCGAGAAACUAUGGGUACUUUGACUUCAAGUAACACUAACUCCGUGCACACAUGGACAUUUCCCAUACUUCUGUAUAAGCCAUAUGCUACGGCUACUCCUAGGCAUUCGAACCCUUCCCAUUUAGAGAAUUAUUUUCGCGUCGCCGUCAUGGCGCCUAAUUUGCGGAGAGCUUCCCUCUAUGGUGUAACAGAAUUCUUUCUCCACAGCAACACCAUCAAGCUUAUACCAUUGUCAGAAUUUAUAAAACACUCAUAUCCGAUUCUUGGAGUUGCACAGAUUGCCACUGCUCGGUACCGCCAGUCAAAGAGGGUGACUAUCCUGGUUAGAGCGAAAGUUUCAUAUAACGAUUACCGGUUAUCUAACUUGCAUAACACAAUUCCAAGCUUUAUGCUUGUAGCAGAACAUAGGAGCCAAAUUUCUGCUGCGAUGGACUUGAUAGAUACAAGAUAUAUUACACGCUGCAGGUUUAAUUACUCGUUAGGGAGCCAGUCCCCUCAUCCCGUGGUGCUCGCUUUCAUAUCGGUACACUUAUAUCCCACGGGCUGGCUUUGCAUGAACGAAGAUCUCAAGACCGACCCAGCGGAAGAAAUUGGUCAUAUAAAUAAAAUUGCCGUAAAGAGUUGUUCGCAAUCCCGAACAAUCAUGAAAAUCCUUCCAUCUCCCGCAUUCCUAGGCCACUCUCUUAAGAUGAUCUUUUCAACUCAUAACGUCGCUUUCACUUUCAGCCUUCUUAUGUUGGCGUCUACCUCACUCGGAAAUCGCCUAUCGCUAUGUACAAAAUGGAGUGUAAGGUUCGGUUGGUUGGUUGCGACUUGCCCGAAUGACGCAAACCCUCCCAUCCAGGUGGAGAGCUCGCUCUUGCUGAAUCAGAUAGUGUCUGUGAACAAACAGUCUCAAUUCAUUGUACGUAACUCUUUCCCCUUCUCGAAGCUGCUCUACUCUCCAAGAUUUAAGCUAAAUACCGAUCUAGUGGAGUCGAAAGUACGCUCUGCCAUAAGCGCAACAGAUUCUGCGGGUAGAGAGCAGGUCAAUGCCCUUGGUGUGGAGAACGGAAUCUUGUUUGGCGAUUGUGUGGUCGCAGGCGGGAAUCAUACAACAAUCAGAACAACCCUCGAUUUAGCGACGCAUAUCGACAAUUAUAACGGCUUUCUAAUCUCGAAUUUCACAAAAACCCCUAUGGUGCCUGCUGCCAGCAGCAACGUCCCGGUGCCCUUGUUCUUCCAGAUUGGAUUCUAUCUUGAACGCACCAACUGCUCUUCCCCCUUUCAACCGCAGGACUUUUCCGCUCCCGUCAAAUGUAAACCGGUUGAAACUCUCAAUGACACCGGCGUUGAGAAUCGGGGUUGGUCGAUUGCCCUUAAUGACGGUUAUGAAUUGUCCUUAUGGAGCACAAAUGACUGCUUGGGUGAGCCACUGGCUAAACUUGGUAUGAAAGAUACACGUAAAUUCUGCCAAGUCUUGCCAUCACGCGUAAAUAGCAUAUCCCUCCGGCCCCUUUUCAAUGCUGACUAUGACCUUUCGAUGGCAUUUGGAAACCCUCUUCAUAGAGGAGAAAGGACAUUCGUUGCCGCCUGGAAAGUGCUUGAGAUAAAAGGAGAUCAGUGGUAUGCAAGAGCCAAUGCGUGCAUGUGGGUGCUCAUGGAAGCUUCUAAAAACACACCGCAGCGCACCACACUCACUUUGAAUUCGGGAUGGUGGGUAAAUAUGAUGCAGCUGUCAUCCUUUGCCCCUUCGCACAGCGAAACUCCCGUAAUGUAUGGUUUUGAGCAAGGGGGAAUAGAUAAAGUGGUGAAUGAUACAAUGAACAGAACGAUCGACGGCAUGACCAAGACCGCGAAAUGGUUGAAUAGAAGUCGCACAUCGACCAUCACCCCAUAA